CCUAUUAUCGUGGGAGUGGCCGCGUGCCGCCGUGCCGUGCUUCGAGGAAAGUUUGUCAUUUUUUUUUAUUUCAUGGCUCCAUCGUUCGCCAAAACGAUGAUAUUUUGCAUGCAUCAUUGCAUGCAUGCAUUUAUGAUGACAUAGGAAGGAACGUCAAACAAAAUCUAUUUUGUCUGGCGUCCGAGAAUUAAUUGUAAGGUGUAUGGGCGGUGAUGUUUGUUAAUUUUAUUCGUAAAAGAUGGGUUGAUUGUUCUUCGAAUUAAGAAGAAAUCAAGUUGUUUUUAUUUUAAUGUGUGUUGUGUAAAGGUAUUAACAAUUUUAGUAGGUCAAAUCCGCACGUAAGUCGUGUUUCGGUAUGUGGCACAGUCAGGCCGUGUUAUGAAUGAAGAGGCUCUAUUGGCGCGGGCUUCCGAGGAGCGGGAGCGUAUCUUCCAGAGAUACGAGCGUGGCCGGGAAAACCUAGCUGGUCAAAUAGAUCCCUGGGAAGAUCCUGAGUUUGAAGAGUAUCACAAAACUGACAGAUAUGGCUUCAUUCACGACGAGCGUUUGCCGCAGAAAACGGCGCCACAAAAGAUUAAUGUCGAGGUGGAAAGAGAAAAGAAAUGGGUGAAAAUGCUGGCCACGUGGGAUUCGUCCGCCACCAAGGAGAAACUACACAGACGGAUAUACAAAGGCAUUCCAAAGUCACUGCGUAUGAAGAUAUGGUGUAAACUACUUGAUAUAAAUCGAGUCAAAUCUGACAGCCCUGGAAAGUACCAAGAAAUGCUGAAACUGGCUAAGCAGUGGUCUACAGACGUGAGACAGAUCGACUCGGAUGUCAAUAGGCAGUUCCGUGAACAUCAAUUUUAUAGAGAGAGAUAUUCAGAAAAGCAAUGUUCUUUAUUCAAUGUACUAUGUGCAUACAGCAUGUACAAUUCAGAAGUAGGGUACUGCCAGGGAAUGUCCGGCUUAGCCGGUGUUCUCCUGAUGUACAUGGACGAGGAAGACGCCUUCUGGGCUCUAGCUAUACUCUUGUCAGACAAGAGGUAUCUGAUGCACGGAUUAUAUGUCGAAGGCUUCCCUAAAUUAACAAGGUUCUUGGAGCACCACGAUAAAAUACUCACAAAGUUCAUGCCAAAAUUAAAACACCACUUUGAUAAAUUCGGAUUGGAUGCUAUACUUUAUUCCCUAAAAUGGUUUUUUGUUUGUUUCGUGGAGCGAGUGCCCUUCAGCUUGUGUUUGCGAGUGUGGGAUAUUUAUUUGUUGGAUGGAGAGAGAGUGGUCACUGCCAUGGCCUAUACAAUACUCAAACUUCAUAAGAAAGCGAUCAUGAAGUUACAAGAUAUGGAUCUAAUUGUUAAUUAUAUUCAGGUGAAGCUUCAUAAAGAUUUUGGUUAUGACGACGACGUAGUUAUUUACCACCUGGAACGUUCCAUGGAUGAGUUGAAAAGGGCAAAAUUAGAUUAUCCAGGGCCGCCGCCACCCAGUGAGUUGCCAAAACGGGCUCUCGGGGUUUUUGUGGAACCCGACAAGAAGUCAAAGAUUGGCCAGCGAGCUGAGAACUUCUCGGAAACUGAGAAGCAAGCCCGAGCAACUGUGAUAUUAAGGCGAGAGAAAGCAGCGAUGGAGAUGCAGGAGCUGCGAGUAUCGCAAAGCGACACAGUGUCAGAACACAGCGGGGUGGCGGGAGGGAUUCGCUGCGACGACUCUGUGUCGGCGCUCGGUUCCCGUCGCUCAUUGGCGGAUACGAGCGUGACCAGCACCGCCGACUUGAGCGUUUUCUCCAGCGGGCGAUCGCACGCUCCUGACAACUCCCUGGACACGCACAGCAACGUCAGCGACGACGGCACUGGGUCAGAUGGUUCCGGGAUCUGCGGCCUAAGUAUUCAGAGGGCGCCAUCGACGACCCACUCUACCCCGCGAGCCACUCCGCACCCCCCGUCCGUCUCGCCCCUCUCUGACGACGUUGUACGUAUCCACGUGACAUAUAACCCUCUCGCUGCUAGUCCAUCCCACCUGCAUCCAGUUAGCCCCUCGAAGUACAAAGCUUACUCAGAGGAUCAUCAUAAACCUGUCACUCUAGGUUUCUACCAGGGCAACGGAGCCAGCAAUCUACCUUCUGACAAUAGGAUCAGGAUACAAGUGCCCUCUGAAGAACUUUUGACGCCAGUAGUAGACUCUGGAAGGAUCAUAACACCACGGUACAUAGAAUCUCAUUCGGAACUUUACGAUCUGAAAUAAUCUGUCAAUUUAACUAAUAUAUGCUUGUGUGUUCAAUAUGGCCAGUUUACCUUUACAACUUGUUAUAUGUUUGUAUGUAUAUGAGCAACAAGUACACUGCGUUUACAAAUUUUUGGGUAAUAAUUGAAAGUAUUUUAAGUAAGCAAAGCCAUAAUGGAUAGAAUGUCUACGCACGAUUCGGACCUAUGAUACAUGAGAAUUUAUCUAUUCAUUUAUUAUUUAUGCUAUAGAGUAAACACUAACAAAUUAGGUCCGAUCAGCUUGCGACUAAAAGAAAUAUUGCCUAUCUGAAAACUUAUUAAUUUUUAUUUGCUGAAAUGUUAUUUCCUAAAUAGAAUUCUACGUAAUGUUACCACCACAAUAACACAUUGGCUUGAUCCAUAUUUUUAAAUGUAUUGUACUAUGUGAGCCUAGAUCCAGGAGUGUUUCAUUUAUAUAGACAUAAUUGUCACAUGUAUUUUCAUUUGAAUGCAACGAAACUUUGAUUUUAAGGGAUCUGUGGAACAUACCCCUUUAAUAUAAUUUCCAUUACACGUAUUACAAUAAUACUGAGAUUUUGUAUACAAAAAUUUAAGUAUGUGAAUAUUUUGGAAAAAAUGUUCGUAUAGUCGAUUAAUAUUAUCAUAAUAUUCACUUUAAAUAUUGUUUAGGUAUUAUAAUUGGAUGGAACAUCCAUGGCCUGCAGGUCCCUUAACAAUCUUUUUGCCAUGAAUUUUAGCAAUGAAGUUGCAGUUCACUAAUUUGAUGUUGCAUUCAGAUUAUUGAUUAAGUCUAUUAUUGGAUUAAUUAUUAUGGUGAUAAAGAAUUUUUCAAACAUUUGCCAUUUGCCACCCUUUUAUCUAGAUACAUAUAACUAUACUAGAUAAGUCAAUUUGGUAUGGAACGUGGAACCUUUAUGCAAUUAGCUGAUACAACGAAGUCUAUUCUUAUACUUAUUCGCCAUCCCAUACAAGUAAGAAGUCUUGUAUAAAUGUUCUAAUUGCUUCGGCGGGUAGCCAUGAUAUUUACUCGAUAAUUUGCAUGUCAUUUAAUGACUUGUAUGAUUCACGAUACAUGCACUUAUCUAUGUACUCCUUAAAUGUUUAUAAAAAGAGUUAGCCCUAUUUUAGUUAAAAUAAUUAUGCUUUGCCACUACACAAUAUUUGAUAAAUGAAAGAACGAGACAAAACACGUUUUGACUAUAAUAGGUAUGUUAUAGGUCUUAACUUUUUUAUGAAUAUGAUGGCAAUGGUUUAAUUGGAAUCUCUUCUAAUGUUAGUUAAAUCAGCAUGGUCAAAUAAAUUUAUACUUUUGAUUUUUUACUGAAACGUUUUUAAUAUUCUCAUUUUAGUACAUGUUAUAGAUUAAGACGAUGUUUGUUCAUAAAAUUGUAGCUUUGGCGAUAUGUGAUCCCAAAACGACGACAACCUGUAUGAUAGACUUGUAGUUAAUUAGUCAUAUUUGUUGCUUUAGUACAAUAAUAAUUAAUUACACUAAUUGUUACACAGACACCAAUGACCACAUAACCUCGUAACACUAAUUAAACUGCGUUAUUAAGACGGAAAUUUUCAGAAACUCCAAUAUAAAUAUUAGUUUUAAAAUGUUUACUAGUUCAGAAGAUUCAUCAAUAGAAUGCUUAGCUGUAAUGUUUACUUAACAGUAGCUCUACUUCAAUAACGUUGACGUCAUAAUUAUACUUAUAGAAAAUGGGGAUGUUAAAUAAUGUCUUUUAGAAUUUAUGAGUUUUAGCUACUUUACAUGUUAUAAUUACAUGUAUAUUAAAUACUCAAUUUCGUAUUACCCUAAUGUAAAAGAUUUUCUCGCAUAGAAUUAUUGAACAAUAAUUGCUCCUACUGACACCGGUAAACCCGAAUUAGAGUUGCUUCACAGAGUAUAUACUGGAUGUAGUUAUGUAUGUGUGUAAAUGCCACAGAAAUGGGAAUUUAUUUUACUUACAUAAAAGGAACGUUGUCGUACGAAAUUGUCACCAAAAGCUAGACAGUAUCGUCAAAUUUUUAAUGAUAUUUUCCGUACUUCUUAGAGAUAAGAAUAAAACAUUAUUUUGUUUUCCGAAGUAAUUUAUGCGAACUUCGAACUGUCAAAUUGGCAAAUUCCAUAUCUAAUAUCUGUAAAUUUCUAAUAUCUGUAGUAUAUAUAAAUAUAUAUAAAACAAUUAAUUUUUUUCCAAUCAUAUUUCAUGUAAACGUUCAUAAAUGUUUUCGUUACGAUGAUUUUAAAAUAACAUGUAAACACUUUAAAAUUAAUGGGACCGGAUAUAAAAGAAUCUCAUUUUUAUUAUACAUAGAUUUCAUUGUACAUAAAUUUGACUCCUUACGUAUUUAAGUAUGUAAAAUAUUGAAUAUAAUAUAAAUUUGAAAGCAAUAUAACACGAUUUAAUGUGAGCAUGAGAGAGAAAUCAUAGAGUGGUCUUACUGUUAUUUAUUUUUUUAAAUAUUCUGUGAAAAAUAUUUCGAAUUAUAUUUUAAUAUAAUCAAGUUGAUAUGAUCUUGUAUUCUAACCAUAUUGAAACUGUUUGAUAUCUGGCAAUCUCUGAACUUUGAUGGGAAUUGGGAUUAAUGCAUACUAUAAUAGAAUUACUUUGCACACUCAAUUUUAUGUGCUUCUUGCAUGGAUUUGUCCGUGCAUUUUUUUGUAUCUAAAUACAGAUGUGUGUUGUAUCUAAACUAUCUACUUAAAUCAGACAAUCCAGAUGGAAACGCACAGUUCUUUCAUCAUUAUAUUCCUUAAUUAUUAUAGAAAAUAUAACGGCGAUGCCUUAUUUAUUCUCAGAUAUUUUGAUGACGAUUUACAAAUUGUGAUGUAUAUGUGCUGCUAUUGUUUUUUUCACGCAAAAUGCUAAUGACAUAAUUUAUGAUUUGAUUUGGUAGAAUCGACAAUUUUUUGUACAUAUCCUUCGGAUAUGGAUUCACUGAAUCAACAUGUACGUUAUGUUGAUUAAUAUACAGAACAUACUCGAAUGUAACUAUUUAUGUAUAGGGUAGGUGUGACAUCUAUAUAUAGUGAACAUUAGUUAUUAUUUACCGACGUUAUAUGUGGACUGUAGACAAAAUUAGUCGAUUGCUAGAUGUUUGUAAAGAUUGUAUUUAUUGGAAACGUUGCACCUAAUAUUGUCCACAAAGUAUAUUGUAGCAAUGGCAUUUUUUUGCUAGUUAAGUAUGAUAAAAGCGCAUUUAAUUUAAUCUCUAUAGUAGGUCUUUAUGGCUAGCCUUGUAACGGUUUAUAUGAAUAAUAAUUUUUUACGAAUUUCUAAACUUACAGUGAGAAAUGCAAUAAUGUCAGUUAAACUGUUAAGUGAGAUAUAGGUAAGUAUUUAAGGUAGGUAAUUUAUAUGAGAUUCGAUGUAAAUAUUUCUGGCGUAUGAACUAUAUAUUGGGAAUAACGUUUUAUAGUAAUAUCGUAAAAUUAUAGUAAUACGGUGACUUUUUGAGUGUUUCGCCCUUAUUACCGUUCCUGAAAUUUCAAAGAUAAGAAUCAUUUACGGUGACUUUGAGUGUUUCGCCUUUAUUACCGUUCCUGAAAUUUCAAAGAUAAGAAUCAUUUUACUAUUUGAAUUAAAAAUGAUAUUAUUGUUUGAUUUUGAAAUUUUUAGAUAUGUUAUUUAUUUUCAAUUUCAAGAACGGUUAUGAUGACGUUAGGAAUGAUCGAAAAUUCACCGAAGAAAACGUUGACUGCGGCUUGCCCAAUGCCCAAUCGACAGCGCAACGCUAAUGCUGUUUGAAUAUAGUUCGUGGUAAAAUGCAUCGUGUUUCGCUCCUCAACGACGGCUCGAUUCGCAAAACACACGACGCAUUUUGUGGCAGUAAACGUGUUAACUUGUAAAUGUAUGUUAUGUAUGUGCCUACUUUAAUGUGUCGGAUAAAACGACAUUGAUUGCGUUAUUUAUUUUGAACUUUAUGCCCGCCUUAAAUAUGUAUAACUUUCACCUUCAUUGUUUUAAGGUCAAGCCCACCAUUAUAUUUUUAACUAUUUUGUCUGUGUAAAAUGUAACUUGGACCUAUGACAGCUGUCAGUUUCUUUGUAUUAUUUAUUUCUGAGAUUACAUUACGUCCUGCAGUCAUCUGCACUAAGCUUAAUAUCUUUUAGAGACAAAUUGGCUAUUUUUUAAUUCCCGGUCGUAUGAAAUAAUUGCUGUGUAAGAAUCUUGUUUAGUCAUAAAUCAAAUUUCUUUUUAGCAAGGAUUUGAAAAAUCUUUAAAACAUUUGUAAGUAAUUUGUCUUGUUUUUGCAAAACGUAGCCGCUAGCUGAUAAAUACAAGUUCUAGGCGCUCAACAUUAUAAAUAAUAUUAAAUUAAUUGACCGUUAAAAUUAUAAUUUCUGUAGUAGAUUAUAAAACAUUUUGAGGGUUAUCUUAUUUACAAAUAAAUGUAUUUUAAAUAAUUGUCUCUCUCAACUCUUUCUUUUUCAAGAUGAUCUUAAAAUUGUUGUCAGUUGAAGGCGCUAUUUAAAAGGCUGCACGCACCAAGAGAAGAGCAUUGUCUGAGAACACUGGAAUAAUAAGUUUGACAGAGCAAUCAGAAUUAAACUCGUCAAAUGUAAAGUCCGGAGCCCUGUCGUUUCGGCUCUAUUAAAUGUUCGAGUAUUUAAUUUAGAAUUCUCUGUUAAUUCUAAUAGUCAUUUUUAUGUGUUCCUGGAACAUGGUCUGUUUUCGAAUACACUAGGUAUGCGGAAUAUUGAUAUCGUCUACUCUCUAAACAACUUAAUGUAUACUUGUUGAAGUUUGCCUUAUAUAAAUUAUAACUAAAUAUACUUACCUACUGUAAAUUGGAACGGACAAUUAUAACAUUUAAAAAAAUUGUAUAUACUAUAUUAUUUCAGUUGCACAUAAUCUCAUUAGGAGAACCUACCUAUAUUAAAUUUUCAUUAGUAAUUUUUUCUACAUUUUGCUCGGUUAACGCUCUACCCAGGCUCAAUUUUAUGUCGUAACUGUUUGCUACGCUGCACCAUCAUAUUCAAAAGCCAUAUCUAAUUUUGAUUUAUUAUUUAGGUUAUGUAGGUACACUAUAAGCGUCACAAAAAUCACAAGAAUUUUGUUUCUGACUCAUUCAGCCGAAUUCGACAUAAUAAAAGCUUACAUUUCAAAAACGAUUAAGUAGUAUAUGUAAAAAUUUAACUUUCUAACAUAAAUUAAUUGUGGUAUGUGCUGUGAGUUAUUCGAUCCUGCGUGCCGGUCUUUCUAUAUCUAUGUGGUCUAUUGAUAAUAGGGAAAAGUAAUUUUAUGUUCAAUACCAUGUCCAAAUUAAAUGAAAAAUGACUUCCAAAAUUUUCAUUUAAAUGUGCCAUUGCUAAUAAAUAAAUUGUAAGCAUAAUUUUUAACGGCACUAAGGUUUAUUUUAUUCUUGUAUUAAUUUUAAGAGCUCUGCUUGUUAGGAAAUAUGAACCUAAAUAAUUUUAUAAUUAUUUUUAUAAAUUGAAGUUACUUUUUUAAAAUUUAAUGCUCUAUUAAAAAGAGAUCGAAUGUGAAAUUACUGCAGUUAUGAAAAUGAAAUGAAGUUUAUGCUUUAUUGUCAAAUACUUGCAUGCUUGUAGUUAUGUAUAUGUAUCUUAAGUUAUUUUGAAGAUUUAUUUUUCUUUCUAUUUGAGAAUACAGAGAGAGUAAUUUACAUAUUUGGUUUUAUUUUGAAAAUCUAGUUAAAUAUAACUUAUUGCAAUGUCCACAUACAAGACAUAAGUACUUUAAAUAUGGAUUAUAUAUUUUCGACUUUGCUAAAAAGCACAAUAUUGUUCAGACUUUUAUCAAAUAUCAGCGGGGGUAAGAGAACAAGGAGGUGAAGAAGGUACUUGUUUCUAAAAAUUAAAACAAUAAAGCUCCAUAAUCUGUAUAUUUAACAUUAUUUUGCGCGUAUAUUAUGCUUUAAACUGAAACAUCAUAAAACUGAUAUUGUAGACAUUAUUCAUGAUUGAUAUUGCCUUGGAAUUGUAUAUACGUUUAAGUAUGAAAUGGUGAAUUCAUAAAAUAGGAACUUUGAAAUCAUAAUUACAAAUAAUUUUUUUAAUCCUCUUUAGACAAAAUAGAUAUUUUGUUCUAAAAUUAUAGGUAGGUUUUAAUUAAAUAUUACAAAUAUAGGUAUAUGAAGUAAUUGGUAGAUAUCGAGGUCUACCAAUUUACAAAA